AUGGGUAUCGUUGAGAAGAAAUUAGGUAGCUUUAUUAACGAGAAGCAAUACUCCGUUGAGGAGGAUGUUGACGUUGUCUCUCUGGAAGCUUCAUAUAGACACAGACUGUAUGAGAAACUCGGCCAUGGUGAUGUCUUGGGUGAUGAGUCGAUUCCAGAUGUGGAAUUCCUAUUUAAUAAGAUGCAAGAAAUGAGUAUUCCUGAUGCAUUGGAGAUCUUGAAGACUGUUGUCAUUGAACAUAAUAACGAUCCAAAUUUCCCCCCAGAAGAUUAUGAAAUGAUCCAAAACCUCGUUGAAAACAACCCAGUCCAUUCAGAAGAUUCCGAAUCAUAUACAAAUCUUGAAGAUGAAAAGUUCCCUGUUGAUCAAGAACGUAUCUACAACAUCAAAUUACACGCCGUUUUAAAUGAAUAUUUCUCUCCAUAUCCCGAGGUUCGUGCAGUGACUUCUCCUGUUGAUGAUGAAAAUGCCCCAGUGGAAACUAUCCGUUCGUAUCUGGUUGCCUUUAUUUGGGUCAUUAUUGGUUCCGGUGUUAACGAAUUCUUCAGUCAUAGAAUGCCUUCGAUUACUUUGACUUCUUCGGUUAUUCAAAUGUUGGUCUACCCUACCGGUAAAGCCCUAUCAUGGAUCUUACCAGAUAAAGGAUUCACCCUCUUUGGUGUCAGACAUUCCCUAAACCCAGGACCUUGGGGAUUCAAGGAACAAAUGUUUGCUACUAUUGUCUUCAAUGUUUGUGCAAACGGUGUUUAUGUUUCCUCUAAUAUUAUUGUUCAAAAAAUGGAUCUCUUUUACGGUCAAAAAUGGGUUUCUGCUGGUUAUCAAAUUCUACUUGCAUUGGCUACUCAAACUCUCGGUUUUGGAUUUGCUGGAAUUUUAAGAAAGUUGGUCAUUUAUCCAACUAGAAAUAUUUGGCCUUCAAUUUUACCAACCAUUGCCUUUAACAGGGCUUUGUUAUCACCUGAAGUUAAGGAAAACAUUAAUGGUUGGACAAUUAGCAGAUAUUACUUUCUCUUAAUUACAGGUGUCGGAUCUUUCCUUUACUUUUGGUUUCCUAAUUAUGUCUUCCAAGCACUGUCUACUUUUAACUGGAUGACUUGGAUUAAACCAAGUAACUUUAAUUUGGCUGUUAUCACAGGUAGUGUCUCCGGUUUAGGUUUGAACCCUCUCCCAACUUUUGAUUGGAAUAUCAUCAGUAUGAACAGUCCUUUGAUUAUCCCAUUUUUUUCACAAGCAAAUCAGUUUAUUGGUACCAUGAUUGCAUUUUUCUGUAUUGUGGGCGUCUAUUACUCAAACUAUCUAUGGACUGGGUUUUUAACAAUCAAUAGUAACGAUAUUUUUGAUAACACUGGUAACACUUACGAAGUCCAGCAGGUUAUGUCUAAUGGUAAGCUUGAUCAAGCUAAAUACGAAGCCUAUGGUCCUCCUUACUAUACUGCAGCUAAUUUAGUUGUUUAUGGUGCUUUCUUUGCAAUAUAUCCAUUUGGAUUCAUUUACACCAUUUGGGAAGAUUGGAAUAAUGUGUCCAAGUCACUGUAUGGAUUGUUGGACUUAUUCAAAAAUCCAAAGGGCUUUCUAACAGAUUCGAAUUUUGCAAAGUACAAGGACCCACAUUCAAGAAUGAUGUCAAGAUACAAGGAAGCUCCGGAUUGGUGGUUCUAUAUUGUGUUAAUUCUUUCACUUGUUUUUAUGAUUGUUUGUGUUAAAGUAUAUCCUGCUGACACUCCUGUUUGGGGUAUUUUCUUCUCCAUUGGUAUUAACUUUGUCUUUUUGAUUCCUUUAACUAUUAUUUAUUCUGUUACAGGCUUCCAGUUUGGUUUGAACGUUUUAGUUGAAUUAAUUAUUGGUUAUGCUAUCCCAAACAAUCCUAAUGCUUUAAUGACUUUAAAAGCGUUGGGUUAUAAUAUUGAUGGUCAGGCUGAGAGUUUCAUUUCCGAUCAAAAGAUUGCCCAUUAUGCAAAAAUUCCACAAAGAGCUGUCUUCCGUGGUCAGAUUUUUGGUUGUAUACUUCAAAUUAUUGUUGUGUUAUGUGUCGUCAAUUGGGAAAUGUCCAACGUUAAAGGAUUUUGUACUCCACAUCAAGAGAGUAAAUUCUCCUGUCCAAGUGAAGUGACGUUUUAUUCAGCUUCUGUUUUAUGGGGUGCAAUUGGCCCAAAGAAAGUCUUCAAUGACUUGUAUCCAAUUUUGAGAUGGUGUUUCUUAAUUGGUUUCUUACUUGUUUUCCCAUGUAUUGCACUUAAGAAAUUCUUCCCUAAACAGACAAAACAUUUCAGUCCAACUUUAAUCAUUGGAGGUAUGCUUGCAUAUGCACCUUAUAACCUUACUUACUAUUAUCCAAGUUUUGUGUUCUCCUACAUUUUCAAUUACCUGAUCAAGAAAAGAUUUGUUUCUUGGUGGGAGAAAUACAACUUUAUUCUAUCUGCUGGCUUAAACACCGGUACUGCAUUCUCUGCCGUUAUCAUUUUCUUUGCGGUUCAAUAUCAUCCAAAGAAUCUCAACUGGUGGGGAAAUACAGUCUCUUAUGCUGGAGCUGAUGGACAAGCCGAUGGCUACCAACUUUCAUUAUUAGAUCCUUCAUCUCAACCAGGUGGUUACUUCGGUAUAAGGAUUGCCAAUUCUACGGCUUGA